AUGGCGCCGGCAGAUGGGUACUCGGCGCCCGGCGUCGCUUCCUACGACUCCAACACCAUGACCGUUGGUGAUGGCACCUGGGACUUUAGCAAGAAUACCUUCUUGUUGCCUAACCUCGUCGGCCUCAAUUUCGAGACGAUGCAGUACAAUGGCAUGGGCAAUCGCUUCUCGACCGUCGCCCAAUACCAUACUCUCGUACUCGCUCACGGGGUCAUGGCCGCCAUCAUCUUCCUCCUCAUCGUACCAUUAUCCGUUUUUACAGCCCGCUUCUACACGGCGAAACCUGGCUACGCGAUACCUUACCAUGCUCAGCUCAAUAUCCUCGCCGCGCUUAUGCUCGUCGCCGUCUUCGUUCUGGGCUGGUUCGCCGUUGGCCCCGAACGAAGUUGGACCAACCCUCACCACGCAAUCGGCCUCGCCAUCUUCAUCAUGUUCCUCCUCCAAAUCAUCGGCGGCCGGCUUGUGAGACACAUUAGGGGACGUUCGCUCCGCAAAAUGUUUCACCGCUGGAGUGGUCGGCUCAUUGCGCUUCUCGGCAUCAUUCAGGUCCCUCUCGGUCUGACUCUCUAUGGCUCGCCCAAGUGGACCUUCAUCAUAUUCUCUCUCUGGCUGGCGUUCCUGCUCCUCGUCUACUUCAUCCUCAGCUACCGCGCCGAGGGUGCAGACCACCACCGUGGCCGUGAGACCUACAUCAGCGGAGGCCGCUCCGAAGGCCCCAGCGGCAUCACCGAGUCGGAGUAUUACAGCGACGUCUACACCGAGAAGACCAAAAAGGACCGCAAAUGGCUGGCGCCCCUCGCCGCGGGUGCGACGAUCGCCGCUCUCUUCAGUCGCAAGAAGCACAAGGAGAAGGAGAAGGAGCUCAGCCGGGAACGAUCGCGAUCAAGAAGCCGCAGUCGUGGGCCGGAGGUUAUCGGUUCCCGGCGUGGAUCCGCCAGCUAUCUCACAUCUAGACGGGGCUCAGGCACAUACCUCGAAGACGAAAAAUUCACCGAAGUCGAUUCUCGACGGGAUGACAAGAAGUCGGGGGGCUUCCUGUCUAAGCUGGCUGGUAUUGGCGCUGUCCUGGGCGCUGGCAAGCUCGUGUCGAAUCUUAUGAAGCGUAAGGAAAAGCAUACUUAUGACGAAGAGUACUCCGCCGUAUCUGUUGAGACCCCGAGACGCCGCCCGAGUCGAAGUUACCCUGCUACGAGUGAAUACACCGAUUACACAGACUGGACUGAGGACACCCCGCCACCGAGGCGUGGGCCCCGUGACGGACCCAUCCUGCCAGCACCUGGAGGACCGGCAGCGGCAGCCGCUGCUCUGAGCGCCGCUGAACCACGAACCAACCGCCCACCGCACGCCAGAACCCGAUCACAGUAUAGCUUCGAGGACUCGGAAUACUCAUCGUACGUCAGCCCGUCCAGACGGAGAGAGGACCAGCCCGUCGCCGCCGGUGGGGCCGGAAAGGGCAUCCUCGCGGGCCUUGGCCUGGGAUGGUUCGCCAAGAAAAUGGCCGACCGAAAGGCGAAGCGCGCCGAGGAACAAAGAAUUCGAGAAGAGGAGGACAUGAGAUCUGGUAUCACAGGUUCGAGGUACACGGGAGACGGCUUUCACUCUCCCUCCCGCGAUCGGAGAGGGUCCCGCCGCAUGAGCGGACGUCGGCCACGGCCUCCCAUGUCUGCCUUGAGCACCGAGAUCACACAAAUGACCGAAUCCUCCGAAUUGGAACCUCGACCUCCCGGCACAGGGUACGGCGGCCCACCGAUGCCUCCCCUCUCCGCCGGUCCCCCACCCCCACCUGGCGGCCCAGGAAUCUACCCAGUCGGCGACCACUCCCGCACAACUUACUCCAGACACGAAGUCGUCGAGUCCGGUAUCAGCAUGCCCUCGAUGCCCCCUGACCCAGCAGGUGUCCUUCACCGCGAAUCCGAAACGGAUGUCUACGGCUCACCUAGCGGCAGGCCCCGACGCCGCGACUCAUCCAAGCGCAGGCGAGCCGGCGAAGAAGCUGCCGCCGCCGCCGUCGCAUCAGCGAGCGUUCUCGCCGCCGAAGAGAACGCCCGCCGCCACCGCGCCCAAUCCGAGCGCUCGCAACCUGUGAGCGUCAAGGUCCGAGUCCAUGACGACAAGGAUAGGAAUGUUACGCUGCGGAGGCUGACGGAGGAAGAAGCCGCCGCGAGCAGACGCGGGGACAGGAGGAGGCGCGCCGGGUCCGUGAGCAGUCUCUACGGCAGCGAAGUCGGUAGCGGACGGCGGUACCGUCGGGACUCGAGCCAGAGGAGAGCAGAAUCAGCAGCAGAAAGGUUAGCAGAGACGGGAGGACGAGACGGCAGCCUACCACCACCGAACCCUGCUUUCGCCGCGGGACGACAACCAAAAGACUCGGCAUAUUACUCUGGCGGCCCACCGCCGCCGCCACCUGGCGUGAUGAUGGGUGAAGGAAACGUCUCGAGCAUAGGCAGCGAGAAUACCCACGGUACAUGGAGCCAAAUGAGCCCUUCGCCCAGCGCGGCAGACAAUCUGAAGACUAACCCCGUCGAAACCGCAGCAGCCGAUAAUCGUCGUAGACGCAGGCAGGAGCGUAGACGGAGCAGCGCGAGUCGCCCCACGGGCGCCGAUAUGUUUGAUUAA